AUUCCACAGGAAGUAAAAUGUUCUAAUUUCCCUAUUGUUGUUCAUGCCACUCUGCCUCUAUACGUUUUUGUUGUGAUUAAUUAUUAGGUUCAGCGAGUGGAACAGAAAUGAGGCUUUACACAGUUACUGUAUUCAACAUCUAUCAAAAGCUCUUUAAUACCUAAAUAGCUCGAAAUGUUUUACGUUAGUGUAUUACCGGACUGAUUGUCUGGUGUUCGGGUCCAGUUCGGGGUUUAGAUCACUUUAGUUAGUACUUUCUUCACCUGUCUGUCAGCAUGUCCUACCCCGGGGCAGUGUGGCUCGCUGUUCAGGAGGACUUGUACAGAGGUGUGUGUAAUGACCCGACUCCUAAAACUCUUCACAGCGACAGUAGUGGCAUUAGCACGAACCCCCGAGGCACAGGUCAGCUCAGCAACGAGUCAGUAAGUCGACUGGACAUCUUCGAUGACUACUUUUUGUCACAGUGUUUUCAUUUCACUCGCCAGUGUCUGACGUUUAUAGUGGACUGCGUUAAAGCGCGCAUGAAAAAGGACGUGUUUAGACCCAGUGGCGACUCCGCUUCCAUUGAAGCAAUGACCCUUGCCGCACUAUAUUUCUACGCGCAUGGAUUUCUCCCGAGGAAAAUCACAGACGCGUUGGGAUUGGAGCACGCAAGCGCGAGCGACGCGGUCAACAAGGUGUCUAAGGUCCUGGAGGACAUGUGCCCUCACUUCAUUACUUUCCCUGGCACUUACGACGAUCGCAUGGGAGUUGCAAAGGGGUUUAAAGAUAUAAGUGGCAUUCCAAAUGUGGUGGGAGUGUUGACUUGGUUACAUGUCCAUGUGACCCCUUGUCCAGCUGAGGAGAGUCUUUUCCUUAACACCAGGGGUUUCCAUUCAGUAAUGGUGCAGAUCAUCAGUGAUGUGGAUGGAAAUCUGCUGAGUGUUGAACAGUGUUGUCCUGGAGGAACUCAGGAACAGACCGUUUGGGAAAGCUCAGAUAUUUGUCAAGAGUUUAACAGACUUCAGCAUGGGCAGACCUGGAUCCUGGGUGGUAAAGGUCUGUCUAAAGCUAAGCAUGUGCUGAGCCCUGUGAAAAGCUCCCGGAUCAAGGUCGAUGCUGCCACACGUUUCAACUCUGCUCAUUCUCAGGUUUGGAAAUCCUCUCAACAUGUCCUAGGCUGUUUGAAAACCCGCUUCCGUUGUUUGCAUAAUCUUGGAGCUGUGCUGGCUGAUAAUCUCAAGCAUGUAGCUCGCGUUGUCAGUGCUUGCUGUGUUCUCCACAACAUCUCUAAAAAGUUUUCAGUGCCAUUACCCAACAAGCUGGUCCUGGAACAUUUACACCCAGAUCCAGAGAUGAGGCAAGAGGACGAGGAGAACUUUGUUGACACAGAAGAGGCAAUAGAAGACAUGAUAGAGAUGUGUUUUGGGAAUUCUGGGAAUGAAUGGUCACAAAAAAUGAAAAACACUGAGGAUAUUGAGAAGAGGAGCAAACAAAAUGGUGAUCACAACUCACACCAGAACUUUUCUGAAUCUUGAAAGACAUUGCGAAGGAGAUCUGCAACCUGACUCCCACCUAACAGCCCCAUUGCAGAAUGCCACCCUGAGGAGGAAUAUGCACUCCUGCCUAUAUAGUCUUUUUAGCUAAAACAAAUGAGAGGCUUUUGUACUUGCCUGUGGUUACCCCAGUUUCUACCUGGACAGGCUUGACUGUGUAGAUUUUACACAGCGUUGUUGACCUUCUCUAUUCAGUCAUUUUCACGCUUUUGUCUACUGGAAAAAGUGCAGUUAUAUAAAAAGUUCAAACCAUUUAAAAUUUAAGGGAAAAAUAGUUUGACAGGAAAAAAUUUUCAGGUUGAAAUAUUCCUAAUAAUACUAGUAAUACUGAUGUUCACUACAUGCUAUGGACAGUCACUGUAACCUAAAACUAGCAAACAUUGUCAAACAUAAAUGGAUGGAGUUUAUUUCACAUGGAUACACUCAAAACAUCCUCCAUUUACCUUGACAAAAUGUGAGAGGUCUACAUUUCAGUGUUACAACUGAGAAAAUCAAGAGUAUGCAAAAUAACUAAGCUAAAAUAAUGAGUUCAUCUUAAUAAGCUAACUGACUUAAUUUGACCCUGACUUAAAAAUUCUUAACAUGAGCAAGUUUGUUGGCUAAUUGACGCAUUAUAUUCAAGUAUGAAGAUGGAGGCCCAGGUGACUGCUUGUGCACACAGACUCUUGCAUGUACACAGACACAUGGAUGCAGAAGUAUACCUUGUUAUUGGAUACUAGAUAUUUUCAGGAAACUGCAGAAAUUGUUCAUUUGGUGUGUGAAUAAUGUACAAGUUUACAUUACUCUGUUUUGUGCUCAAAACAUUGUUAUAGCUAUAACAUAGAUACAUGGAAAAUAUCAUAGAUUUACUGUAGAAAAUUAAAAGUUUGCUUUUAUUAUUUUGCAAUAAAUAAAAGAAAAGCCAGAUUUUGUUUUUUUUUUUCUUUUUCAGUGUAUGUAUUAAGUUGUGAAUUUGUAAAUUUAUCUUUUGUCAGCCCUAAAAUUAUUCUUUAAUUGCAACAAAUCCUGCAUAUAGAUAAAAUCCAGAUGUAAAAAAAUAUACAAAAUAUUGAUCAUUGAUAUUCCAUCUGAUUUUUUCCUUAAUGUGUAGCUUCGAUUAAAAGACUCUUUCCUUAGUAGCUGUGUUUGUGCUUUACAAAAAUGAUCGAGCAUUCCUCAUUUAAGAGAAAUUCUGUGAUCAUGUUGGAACUGGUAAAGGUAUGCAGAGUAGGAUUGGCAUGUUACCCUUUAUAUACACUUUCAUACCAACACCAGGUGUAGUAUCGCACUCCCACAGUUGGUACUUACAUAAAUAAAUCAAACAAAAUGCUGGGGAACAAAUACAGGCUGAAAUCCCCGAACACCCCAAAUUCAGAUUGCUUUGCCUGACAAUGCAAAUGUUUGAAAUAUAAAUUUUUUACUUUUUUUGAAUACAUUGCACAAAAUAAAAUAUAAUGUUUAGCACAGUCCUUACACUGGAAUAUGAUCUCUUGCCACUUGCAACUGCUACAUCAAUUUACUUAUUUAAAUAUCUGAAAUUCUCUGUCCCUGUAAGUUUUUUUUGCAGCUUUGGACCAUCUCUUCAGUAGGGUAUUACGCAUAUGACCUAUAAACUAUGGCUACAUUCCCAUACUAAAAACAUUACUAUUGUAUCAGCAAAGAGACUUUGUGUUGAAAUUCACAAUUCACUUGAUUCAUGCAGAGUCUAGCUUUUUGCAUGCCUAAAAAACUAAUUAUUAAUCUCACUAAGUAGCUUUACAGUUUACCCCAUGGAGAAAGGUACAUUUGAAAGUGUAUUUCACAUACUUCUUAAAUCAGAAGGACCUUGUUUGAUUCUUAAAGCCAACCCAUUAAAUAUGACAAAAUCAGAUGUUUUGGUCAGAGAGAGGUGAUGGCAACUCAAAUAACCACUCUUUAUAUCUAUGUUGAGUUGAAAAAACAUAUCAGAAUAAAGAUACUCUUUUGUCAAACCUCUUGAGGUAGAUGGAGCUACUGUCAGCCAAGAAGAGGAACCUGAAGCUACAGUGUGCACAGACUCAGCAAAACUGGACAUACUGCAAGCCAAUACAAUGAUUCUCAAAUUUAAUUGAUUAUCUCUUUUUCUAUUCUGAUGUAUCUGCAUGAUUUUAUGUAUUGCUGUCACAUGGUUGGGUAAUUAAAUAUUUCAUGAAUGUGCAGGGGCAGCACGGUGGCUUAGUGGUUAGCACUGUUGCCUCACAGCAAGAAGGUCCUGGGUUGAGUGUGAGUGUGUGUGGUUGUCUGUCUAUAUGUGGCCCUGCGAUGGACUGGCAACCUGUCCAGGGUGUACCCCUGCCUUUCGCCCUAUGUGUGCUGGGAUAGGCUCCAGCAGACCCCUGUGACCCUAAUUAGGAAUAAAGCGGGUAUAGACAAUGAAUGGAUGGAUGUGCAGGUGUUCCUAAUAAAAUGGCGGCGCGUA